UAUGCAUCUAUAGUCUGGUGGCCAAAAGUGAUCCAAACGACAACUCAACAGGAACUUCAAAAAUUCCAAAGACAAGCACUGCUAUCCAUAACGGGCAGUAUGUGCACAACACCGACAGCUGCAAUGGAGGUAAUACUAGGAAUUCCUCCAUUACACCUCCAUAUAAAAGAGGAAGCAACGCUUACAGCUCUCAGACUAAAAACAUGCGGACUGUGGAAACACACAAACACAGCCCACACCAACAUCUUAAAAGAGGGAAUACAAAUAAACCCAUGUAUGGAGUGGAUAUGUGAUAAAACACAAAAACAAUUCGUGAUGGACAAAACAUACAAAAUCAAUACAGAAGAAGCUAGUAACUGCUACACAAACCCUGACACCCUAGAUGUGUACACGGAUGGGUCAAAGACAGACACAGGUACUGGAGCAGGAGUCUACUGCCAAGACCUCAAUAUACGGAUUGCACAAGCGCUUGGUAAGCACAACUCAGUCUUCCAGGCAGAAUGCGUCGGCAUCACAACUGCGGCUGUUGCCGUGACCAACAGACAGGUAUGACAGACAGUCCUCUGUGCAGAGCCUGCAUGGAGGAGGACGAGACACCGCUACACGUUAUGCUCAGUUGCAGAGGCGUAACGGAACAACGAGCAACCUACAUUGGCUCCUCAGCGACACUCCAUGAGGCUAUCGGCGACCUGGGCGGCCUGCUAAGCUUCUGGAGCGAGCUCGGCUGGAUGGAAUAAAUCCAGCGGGAACCUACACCGGAGGGACCCACGCACAACGGCCAAUCAAAUGGCUAAGUGCGGAAACGGCCCAGAAUAAAGAAGAAGAAGAAGAA